AUGGCGACCCAAACUCCAGCCGUUGUCAUGGACAACGGUACUGGAUUCUCGAAGCUGGGUUUCGCCGGCAACGAUGCUCCCUCCUUCGUCUUUCCUACUGCGAUCGCCUCGAAGUCCGGCGCCGGCGGCACAAGCACAGGAUCAGGCAGACCAGCAGCCCCGAACAAGCCAUCGUUUUUGACAGGCGGUGCACAGGGUUCAAAUGUGGCUGCUAAGAGAGGCACGGAGGACCUGGACUUCUUUAUUGGUGAUGAAGCACUGGUCGCAGGCAACAACCCUGGGUAUGGCAUCCGCUAUCCAGUAAGACAUGGCCAAGUCGAGAACUGGGACGACAUGGAGCGCUUCUGGUCCAAUUCAAUUUUCAAGUACCUAAGGGUCGAGCCGGAGGACCACUACUUCCUGCUCACCGAGCCUCCGCUGAAUCCUCCAGAAAAUCGCGAAAACACCGCCGAGAUUAUGUUCGAGUCCUUCAAUUGCGCAGGUCUCUACAUCGCUGUACAAGCUGUUCUGGCCCUCGCCGCUUCAUGGACGUCGUCAAAAGUAACAGAUCGAUCACUGACAGGGACGGUCAUUGACUCUGGAGACGGUGUGACCCAUGUUAUUCCUGUCGCGGAAGGUUACGUUAUUGGAUCUUCGAUUAAGAGCAUACCUAUCGCUGGUCGAGAUAUCACAUAUUUCGUGCAGAGCCUGCUGCGAGAUCGAGGAGAGCCCGACAGCAGCUUGAAGACGUCCGAAAAGAUCAAGGAAGAGUACUGCUAUGUCUGUCCUGACAUUGUGAAGGAAUUCUCCAGAUACGACCGCGAGCCAGAGCGAUUUCUCAAGCACACCGUCACCUCGCCUAACGGCAGAUCAGUACAGAUCGAUGUAGGCUACGAACGAUUCCUGGCACCCGAAAUAUUCUUCAAUCCCGAAAUCUACUCCUCCGACUUCCUGACGCCUCUACCAACAGUCGUCGACGGUGUCAUCCAAUCCUCACCAAUUGAUGUUCGAAGAGGACUAUACAAGAACAUUGUUCUUUCUGGCGGUUCGACUCUUUACAAAGACUUCGGUCGCCGAUUACAGCGUGAUAUUAGACAUCUGGUCGACGCCAGGAUACGAGCAUCAGAAGCGCGCAGUGGUGGAGCAAGGAGUGGAGGUCUUGACGUAUCAGUCGUGACACACAAGCGUCAGCGUCACGGUCCGUGGUUCGGAGGCAGUCUUUUGGGUCAGACGCCAGAGUUCAGAAGCUACUGCCAUACGAAAGCCGAAUACGACGAGGUCGGACCGAGUAUCGUGCGGAGGUUUGCCUUGCUGGGAGGACCUGGUAGCACGUAA